AUGAGGCCCUCUCCUGUGGCCCCGGUGCUCUCAACGUUGCUGCUUAUAUUGCCCUCUGUGCUACAUACAUCUGCUGCAGACAUCGACAUUGUCCUCGAACGUAGGCUCUCCGUCAUCGUUGGAAGUUCCACCGGCGCCGCCUCUAUUCCAACCUGGAUAUCAACGCUCGGUCCUGACGGCAAGUGGCCGGACGUUGACUACACCACGGGCUGCGAUGCCCAGGAAUCAGGUUGGCCAGCACAAAGCCACUGGAGUCGCAUCAACACAUUCUCAGCUGGCUGGCACGGUGGAUUUCCGCAUGCAGACCAAUGGGUGAAGAACGCUGAAAUUCGCGAGGCCAUUUCCCGGGCCAUGAAUUUCUGGUUCUCAAACGAUUUCACCAACCCCGCAUGCUUGGACUCUGGUGGUGAAGACGCUUGCCCCUGUGGCACCCCUGGCUUUUGGAACCAGAACUGGUUUUCCAACGUUAUCUUGAUUCCUGGUUGGGUUGGCCAAGUAUGCACCCUCCUCGGCGACAGCCUUUCAGCAGACGAGUUGGAUAGCUGCAUCCGCAUCACAAGACGAGCCUUCAAUACUUUCUCAACCGGGAUCAACCACCUCAGCGCUGGCAUCACUGGGGCGAACGCACUAGAUAUCGCCGGGGUCGGAGUGGACCUGGCUCUGUUCACUGGGAAUAGCACUCUGCUCUCCGAAGCUUUCAGCAGGGUCAAUGCUGAGGUGGUGAUCCAGGAUGCAGUGAAGGCUGACGGGAUACGCGCCGAUGGUAGCUUUGGACAACAUGCGGGUCUGUUGUAUAAUGGCAACUAUGGGAAGAAUUAUGUUGUUGAUGUCCUCGCUCUCGAAAUCGCUACUGGAGGAACGGAAUUCGGCGCGUCUGCAGAUUCUAUGGGCGCGUUUUCGACCCUGAUAGAAGGGAACCAGUGGAUGAUAUUCCAGAAUACGCUUACCAAGGUUUUACAUUGGGACUUCAGUGUUUUGGGUCGUAUCAUCUCUCUUCCUGUGGUUGAUAACCAGCCUACAGCAAGUUUGAAGAUCAAUAUCACGCAAAUACAAGUACUGGGUCAACUUUGGGAUUCGCCAACAAUCACAUCUGCGUUUAAUGCUUUGCAUUCGCCCGGUUCGACUGUGAAUGCUGGCGCGCUGAAUGGAAAUCGGAUGUUCUAUGCAAAUGACUACAUGGUACAUCGUGGGCCUGGUUAUGUGACCACCUUGAAGAUGUUCUCCGAACGAACCCAAAAUUCCGAGUGCUCCGUUUCGCAAAAUCCAUUCGGCUUCCAUCUUAGCGACGGGACGCUCUACACAUACGUGCAAGGAAACGAAUACGAGGACAUAUUCGCGGCAUGGGACUGGAACUUGAUUCCAGGGACGACCGUUGACUACGACGCGACACCUUUGAGCUGCGCAACGAUCAGAAAGACCGGCACUCAGCCCCUCGUAGGCGGCGCAUCUGACGGCACUGUUGGCGUUGCUGCUAUGCGGUACGAAACGCCCACGACGAAAACACUGAAUUGGCGCAAGACGUGGUUCUUCCUCGAAGACGAUGUACAGUUCGUCAUGAUCGCUAAGCUCAACUCUACCACUACCGCUCCUGUGUUUUCUAUUCUUGAUCAGAAGCGACGCUCCGGAGAUGUGUUGGUGGAUGGAGUCAAUCGAGAUAGCGGGAAUUACACGGGGGUCGGAACCCUCUGGCAUGCUGGUGUUGGUUAUGUAUUCAACGCCAGCAAUCCGAGUGUCUCCCUUUCCUUGCAGCUCGGGCCUAGAACCGGCUCUUGGUCAAGCAUCAGCUCCUCGAAGGCUCCGCCCACAACCGUUGACCUCUUUGCGGCCUGGCUGACUCACGACGAUCUGAGCAUUCCAAUUUCGUACACCAUUUACCCAGCAACUUCUACACCGGCCGCUUUCGAGGAGAAGGUAGCAGCCACACAGCUUCGAUCUGUGAGAAAUGAUGGAUCUAUUUCUGCUCUACUGGACGUGAACCACCGCACUGCAAUGAUCGUGUACUGGACAGCUGCCGGGGCUUCUGUUUUGAUUCCAUCUCCCACCGGAAACGCGCCCAUUACCAUCGCCUCUAACGGGAACGCGAAUUUAAUCCUACACAUGGAUUCAUGGAGCAUCACUCUCUCAGAUCCAACGCAGACGUUGUCGACCGUCACUGUCACCCUCACACUUGGAAGUGGUACCGCGCCUGCUGGCUGGGGUACCGCGAAGACCAAGUCUGUCACCUUCAGUCUCCCAAGCGGAGGCCUAGCUGGUAAAAGCGUUACUCAAACGCUCCCGAAUUAG